GGAGAGUGGGGUGUACUUUUCCCUUUAUGAGGACUUUUUUAAAGAUGCUAAAAUAUUUUUGAAUACUAUUGAAAGUAAAAAUAAAAUAUUGGAUGUGAGUAAUAGUAGUACGACAAGUAGUAGUAUGAGUAGUGAUGAGGUGAAUGAUAUAUCUUCAAAUAAUGAGACAGAAAAAUAUGAUAAUAAUUAUAAUAGUACUGGUAGAUAUUUAGAUUAUUAUUUAAAUAUGGAGAAUAAUAAAGCAAUAUGUUAUAAUAAUAUAGAAGAAAGUAAUACGAUAUCACAUAAUAAUAAUUUUAGUAAUAUUUUGUAUAAUGGGUCUUCAAAAAUUUUGUUAUGUUAUAAAAAUAAUUAUAAUAUAUGUUUAUCUUAUAAACCAUACAAUGAGAAUAUAUAUCAUGAUGUACCCAAUAUAAAUUAUUCCUUAUCCAUAUUUAGAAAAAAAGGUUCCCUUAAUACUACUUCUCAUAUAAAAGGAAAAAGGCAAAUCGAACCCAACUGGACAAAACAACAAAUAAGGGAGGCAUUAGAUUUAGAGAAAGGAAUUAAGAGAAAAACUCGUUCGAGGGAAAUAUAUGAUAAUAAUUAUAGUGAUGAUAAUAAUUAUAGUGAUAAUAAUAAUUAUAGUGAUAAUAAUAAUUAUAGUGAUGAUAAUAAUUAUAAUGAUGAUAAUAAUUAUAAUGAUGAUAAUAAUUAUAAUGAUAAUAGAAGUGUAGGGGGGGGAAUAGUUAAGUACCUUAAUAUAUUUUCCAAGUUACCAUUUUUUUAUUUAUUUUAUCCAUUAUCUAAUAAAAAAAAAAAACGGAAAAAGAAAUUUUAUAAUGACCAAGUUAGGAAUGAUUUUAAUAGUUCGAUGUUUUAUAGUAAACAUUUUAAGAAGGGUAUAAAAAAGAAGAGUGAUAAUUCUGAUUUCAAAAAAAGUACCCAAAAAAAAAACAAGAAAAACGAGAAAAAUAUUUUAUAUAAUGAUAAAAAAGAUAGCAUAAAUAUAAAUGAGAAUAACAUUUAUAAGAAUAUGAAAAAACAGAACGAUAUGUUGACUAAAAAUGAAAUGUAUAAAUCGACAAGUGUUAAUAAUUUAGAUAUAGAUAGAAAAAAGACAGAAGAAGACUAUUUUUUAAAAAAAAAAAGAAAAAAAGGAAAUAAUAAAAAAGGAAUAUCUUAUGAAUAUUUAUUAAAACCUAGUAAACAUGAUUAUGAUGCUUUUUGUUUAUUUAAUCCAAGAUUUAAACAAGGAAAACAUCAUACAGUUAUGUAUUUACAAAGUUAUAAUGUAUCUAUAAUACCAUUUGUAAAAGCAAAAAAAUUAAAAGAAAGAGUUAAUCAGUUAUUUAGUGAAAUCAAUCCAUGGAUUCAUAAAUCUUUAACAUUAUCUAAAUUAAGAAAUUUAAAAAUAGAUCUUUUUAAUUUAAUAAAUAAUAUUCCAGAAAUAGAUAUAUCAACAAUAUCGUGUGCAUGGGUAUUUUUUGAAAGAUUAGUUAUAAAGGGAUAUGUACAUAAAUAUAAUAGAAAGCUAUAUGCAGCUACGUGUCUUAUAUUAUCUUUUAAAUUUUAUCAGCAUGAUGAUAUACAAAUAUUAGAGAAAUUACUUAUACAUAUACAAAAGUUAGAUAAAAAAGAAAAUUUAACACCUUCUCUUAUCUUUUCCGUGGAAUUCUUAGUCUAUCGACUUCUUGAGUUUUCUCUUCAACACACUUAUGAGAAUAUACGCCCACACAUACAUCAAUAUUUGGAGUCCAAGGAAUUAAAAUUUGAAGAUGUCUAUGGUACCUCUGAAGAGAUUUAUUUAUACUCAAAUAAAUCUUAA